AGGCGGACUCCAACUCCCACUAUGCACCGCUAGAAGUCACACUGACAGUUGCUGUGCAUUGUAUACUUCCUGUACUCAGGACUGAAGUAGUAAUCACGGCUAGGUUAACAAAGUACAGUUUUUAUUUUCUUGUUUGUGGUAGUGAAGUAAACGGCACCAGCUGCGAUGUCAAGGCAGGCGAACAGAACCACGGAAAGCAAGAAAAUGUACUGGUAUUUGCCAUUCAUUUCACCUUCUGCAUCUUUGCAUCUCAUGAACUCUGAGCUCUUCACACUCACCUAUGGAGCUCUUGUGACGCAACUCUGUAAGGAUUAUGAAAAUGAUGAUGAAGUCAAUAAACAGCUGGAUAAAAUGGGGUACAAUAUUGGUGUUCGUUUAAUAGAAGACUUUCUGGCUCGCUCAAAUGUUGGACGGUGUCAUGAUUUCAGAGAAACUGCAGAUGUUAUUGCAAAGGUGGCAUUUAAAAUGUAUUUGGGAAUAACACCGACUGUGACAAACUGGAGCCCUGCGGGAGAUGAGUUCUCACUUAUUCUGGAGAAUAAUCCUUUAGUCGACUUUGUAGAGAUUCCAGAUAACCAUUCAUCACUCAUCUACUCUAACCUUCUGUGUGGUGUGCUGAGAGGGGCACUGGAAAUGGUCCAGAUGGCAGUUGAUGUAAAAUUUGUUCAGGACACACUGAGAGGUGACAAUGUUACAGAAAUAAGAAUGAAGUUUAUCAAGAGGAUAGAAGAGAAUCUACCUACUGGAGAGGAAUGACUUCAUGCGGUUGCUUCUGUGAAGCCUUGGAAGACUUCUUUCAUUAAAUGUGCUGAUUACAGCAUGGACAGACUGCUGUUAAUGAAUAAAAUAGAUUGCAGCACCUUACAUCUUCCUCUGAGUAGCCAUUGUUUUUUUUUACAGCAGUGACAUACUGCUUCACUUAAACAGUGGUUAAAUUAUAACCACAACAUUUUUAGGAACAGUCGUUGAAAAAUUUUGAACCCAUUCCUUUCUGUUAAUAGCAUAAUAAGGAAACAUUGCUUUCUUGUGUUAAUGUUGGCAGAUGGAUGUGGUAAUUCAAAUUUUGAGUGUAGUAGUUCCAGAGUGUAUUAUUUUAGGAACAAGCUGUGGGUACUUGCGCAUAUUGGGCUUGCAGACUGAAAAAAGGUGAAAUAGUUUCACUCGAAAUAGGAUGUUUGCCACAGGUGAGUGCCAGACUAUACAUUUGUUAACUACUGAUCUGUUUGUCAUGACGUUUUGUAGGGAACUGAAUUUAAGGCCUAGGUCACAUUACACUGCAGAACUCUUCAUUCUAAUAAUUUCAUUACACACUGUAGUUAUAUUUCAUAGUUAGAUAUGGUUUGAAGCUUCUGAAAAGCAAGACUGCAGACUCUGAAAAACGUAGAUGCUUAUUUUUAACAAAGAAGAAAUCUACUUACUUUUUUCCCCUUUCAUUUUGUGUUUUUCAUUUCUUUCUGUCACCCUCCAGUUGACACUUCCUCAAUUUGUUACUGUUUUUUUCUAGAGGGGUCCUUUAGAUCUGUACUUAGUUCCAAAUGUGGUAAAUGAAGUCCAUUAAUGGCUAUGGAUAAGCUUGCACUCUGGGUUGUUGUGGUUCUGAUAUUACACUUCCUAUUAUAAUCGAGGAUAGUGCUGUUUAUUUUGCUUGGAUGCUAUCUGUCAUUAGGGGGCAGACAGUGACUUAUCAAAAAUAAAGUUUUCAUGUCGAGUGUAA